AGUAAGGUGUUUCAGCGUCAGCUUUAGAAAUAUUGUUAAUUCUUUUUUAAUUUUUAUAAAUAGGGGUAAUUAGAGACGAAUAUUUACUUUUUUCCCUCUAUUGGAUAGUCGUACAAUGGCUGAUCCGCUGAGUUUUCUUCGUCAAUACAAUGUAAAUAAAAAACCUAUUACAGAGAGAAAUAAUCAGAUUAUAUUUGGCGAAUAUUCCUGGCCCAAAACUGUAAAGACAAAUUAUUUAGUAUGGGGUGCUGGAAAAGAUGGAACACCCAAAGAAUACUAUACUUUAGAAUGUCUCUUAUUUCUCUUGAAAAAUGUCCAAUUAUCUCAUCCAGUUUAUGUUAGACAAGCUGCGGCAGAAAACAUACCUGUUGUCAGACGACCUGAUAGAAAGGAAUUAUUAGCAUACUUAAAUGGAGAAACAAGCACAUCAGCUAGUAUUGAUAAAAGUGCUCCUAUUGAGAUACCUACAACAGUUAAACAUGUGUACGAAGAACAGAAUCAACAAGAAGUUGUUAAAAAACCUAGAUAUGAGGAAGGUGAAGUUCAAAGAGCUAAGGAUCAACUAGCAGCCAGGCUUGAUGCACCAAAAGAAUCAUCUGUAAUAACAGAACACAUUAGAUCAUUAUCUGAUGCUAUGUCUGUUGAAAUGAUUGCUGCCAUAAAAGCAAAACGUUUAGCCAAGAAACGAAGUACAAUUAAAGGGGAUGAUGAUGUCCAACCUAAUUAUACAGAUAUUCAGAGAAUUUUAGAUUAUGAUGUAGAUGUCACCCGUGAUAUUAUCAGCCGUGAAAGACAGUGGAGAACUCGGACAACAAUCCUUCAAAGUACUGGGAAGAAUUUCUACAAAAGUUUGUGUCCUGUUCUGCAAAGCAUUAAAGCACGGGAAGAAGGGGGAAAUAAAAUACGAGUUGAGCCAGUUCAGACUCCUAGGGCUACUCCUAUUCGACAAGUGACACAACCAGUGGUUUACAACAGAUACGAUCAAGAAAGAUUUAGGAGCAAGGAAGAAACUGAGGGAUUUAAGAUUGAUACCAUGGGUACUUAUCACGGAAUGACUUUGAAAUCGGUGACAGAAGGCAGUCAGCCAAAACGUCCUGUUACUCCUCUGCCACAGCCUGAGAAACCUCUUCCAGUUAUGAACCCUGUACGUCAGACCACUAAAAGGGUUUCAAAAACACCAAUCAUUAUCAUUCCGGCUGCGACCACAUCUCUUAUCACUAUGUAUAAUGCAAAAGAGCUUUUACAAGAUUUAAGGUAUGUUGAUACAAAUGAAAAGAAAGCUCAGGGUUGCAAGCGGGAAAAUGAGGUUUUAAUUCAGCGAAGAAAGGAGGGUGGUACUUCAGUUCCUUAUCGAGUAAUUGACAAUCCUCAAAAAUUAUUAGAUGAUGAAUGGGAAAGAGUUGUUGCUGUAUUUGUGCAAGGACCUGCCUGGCAGUUUAAAGGCUGGCCUUGGAAUGGAAACCCUGUAGAAAUUUUUGCAAAAAUCAAGGCAUUCCAUUUAAAGUGGAUUGAAAUGAGACUUGAUGCAAAUGUGGGCAAAUGGGCUGUUCAUGUAAUAGAAUUAAAUCGAAACAAGCGCCAUUUAGAUCGAGCAAACUUACUGAAGUUCUGGGAAAUUCUUGACAACUAUAUGGUGAAACAUAAACCCAACCUUCGCUUUUAGAAAGUAUACUUUUAAAAAACUGACUAUCCUACCAUCAUGUUUGCCUGAAAACUAAUGACUGAAACAUACUUCAUCAGCUUAUAAUCUGCCAAUCCACAGAAUAUGUGCACAUAGUGUUUUAAAUGCAUUGUUCUAUAUAUGAAAUCAGAAUAAGUUGAUUGGAUACUUGCUGUGGAUUACAUUAUAUGAAAAAAGAAAAAGUCUAAGCAUUUUAAAAUGUGGCUCUAAAAUACUUCCAGAUACUGUGAUGAUCUAAUAUAAUAACUUAUGCUAGUCUUUUUGUUUCCCUGAUGUGUUAAAUGCAAAAAAUUGGAUUUUAUUAAAAUUUUAGUUGCAAGCAUUCAAACAUACUGUCUCCCCCCCUUUUUUCCCCUUAUUGCUACUCAUUCUGUUAUUAAAAAUGGCAACAAAACUAAGUUUAGUAUAUCAGUUGCAGAAACUGAAAUUGAAACGUAGCAAAUAUAUAUUGAUUUUCAUCUCUGUAAAAACAUAUUGUAGUUUUUGUCAACAAUAAAAAAUUGUGUAAUGCUAUCAAAAAUAUUUUUUGAAACAUAAAUAUGCUGCUAUGAGAUGUUGUUAAGUGUGAGAAAAAUUGUUCAGUUGCAGUUUUAAAUUUAGCUGCAUUUCAGACUAUGUUGAUGUUUUUAUGAAAUGUUCAUGUAUUAUAUCCAGUUUAAUUUCAAAUUUGAAAUGUUGAUAUUUGACAUCUUCAUUUGAUAAUUAGAAUGUGCAUUAUGUAAACUAUAUAUUGUUGAAAACUGUGCUGCUCUUUCUAUUUGUAAAGGAUUAUGGCUUGUAAAUAGCUUUUGUGCAUAUGUAUUUCUAAUGGCCACAAUUAUAUUGUACAGAUUGGUUUCAUGUACAUAUGCUUAACUGUGUGAGUGAUAUUAAAGUAUUUGUUUUAAAGUGUU